AUGGGUCUCCUCAAGGCAUCGAUGGAUCUCCUUCGUAUCCCGUUCAUUUUCUUCAUCUUCAACCACGCUGUCGUCAUUCCAGUCCUCGUCUCCGAUCACUAUUUCGUCAUUGCUCUCAUCCUCUGUAUCAUCUACGUGGCAGUUUUGGUGGCUCAUAUCAAAAACAAUUCAGUCUGUGAACUCUUCCUGGCAGCUGUUCUCAUGUAUGUGACAAUCCUCUCGUAUUUCGAGUUCUAUUUCAACAGAGAAGGCUUCGUCAACUUCUACUCAUCGGUUCUCUUCAAAUACAUCACAGGAGAAAAGCCAUCUUCUUCCAGCGAACCUAACUUAAUUCUAAUCAUUGACUUUUUCGAGUGUACCUUGGGAGCCAUCAUGCUGUUCUUGCAAUGCCUCGAACUAGCAAAACAUCAGAAACUCAUCAACUCUCUCCACACUGAAAGCAAGAAGGACAAGCCAACCGUCUGUUUUAGCAACACUCUCACAGAAGACAACGAUGGAUAUUUCGAAGACAUCUACGGAGAAUUGUACGACUACAACCGUUGGAUUUUACCUGACCGCUUCCUCCUCUAA